GUUAAACUAAGGAAGUGAAACCAGAAAUUUAAUAUAAUUGGAAUUGACAGCAGUUAGCAAGGGUCGUUUUCGUGGACAUUUGUGGAUAUCAGCUUGUUGACAUUUUUAUUUGUUGAACUUUUAAAAUGGUCAUAGUAUCGGACUCAUUUUUCGAGGGCUAGUAGCUCUACUUCAUAGGUCACAACGUAUUUUGCUAGUUAGCGACGUACAUGAAUAUGUAUACAUAUGGAAGAGUUUUGCGUGCAUAUAUGUAUGUACAUAUGGUUUAAAAAUAGCGAAAAGUAUCGAUGAUCUCACAACGCUUGAUCUAAACAUAUGUAGUUAACGAUUUUUUUUAUUUCAAUUGAAAAUUAAAACAAUUUGCCUCUUUAGAAGAAACGUUAAUGCAUAUUUACUCAAAGCUUAAGCUGGAUAAGCUACAUUUAUUUUAUUUUAUAAAAAUUCUAAAUUUAAAGAAGAGUCAGAAAUAUCUCUUACAUGAAUGCGCUUACCUUUGUAUACAUAUAUGUAUGCAAGUAUGUAAAUGCAUUGAGCGUAAUUACUCUCUGAUACCUAAUUGCCGUUUCAAAUAGCAUUGUAUAUAGCAAGGUCAUAGCGGAUUGGAUAAUAAAGAUAAAAAUACAUAAAACGAAUGACAAAUAAAUAGUAAACCGAAAACAAUUAACCGUUCGCCAAUUCCGAGAGUGUAUUUGAUAUUAAGAUGGUGCACACAAAAAUGCAGGAGGUUUUAAGAUGGGCGCAUGAGCACCAGUUAUAUGCAACACUCAGUCCUUUGAUAUGUGGCAUUUCUUUAGCAUUUUUUUCAUACAUGUUGGUGUAUUUGGAUAGCGACGUGCCUGGCUUAAAUCCUCCUUCACCUUUUUCACCGUUGAAGCAAACAUACCUUCGCGAACGACGCAGUGCCCUACAUUUAGGCUAUAUAGUUGCUUUAGCUUCUGGCUUAAUAGUAACUAUCUUUUUGUAUUAUGAUUUCAGUAGUUUAGACUAGUUUGAAAAUUAUUCAUAAAUAAUAGCUACAUAUACAGAAAAAAAUUUUAAUGAAGUAGUUUAUUGAAUUUAUGCAAAAAAAGAAGUACAAAUUAUUUUAAGUAUUCAGAAAAGUAUUAGUAUCACUUAAUAUAUACCAAUGAAUAGUUUACUACAUAUUAUAUGAAUGAUUGUUAUUACAUAUUUGUAGUUGGCUAACCAAAUAUAUCUACUUAUUGUCUCUUACUA